CCGCCUUCGAUAAUCUUCCAGUCCGGUCAAAGCCUAGGGAAAACCACUAACAUUCCGCCACAAGCACUGGCAUCUCUUCGAAUAUCCCCAUUUUCAAUCCUACAAUCCCUCCGCCUCGACCCAGAACACCCUCAGCAUAGCGAUCAUUUGAGUCUUCGACAUCCAGCAUGUCUUUCAACUCCGGCCGCCCGGGAAAGAGGCAGAGGGGCGAUGAGCCUUUCCAGAAUAAUCUCCCUGACACGCUUGUCCGCAAUCCGUCCCAGAACAGAGCAGCCUCAACUCCGGCACAAGCGAUGUAUACCUCACAGCCUGGCUCUCUCCCGUCCCUGCAGCCGCCCUCGAUAGAGAACAAGCUCAAGAACGAGAGGGGCAGGGCAUUCUAUAAAGCCCUCACGAGAUUGAGAGGAAUUCAGGCAAUUUCCAAAGCAUCCUCCAUGGCUCAGUCCAAGAUCAAAUCUGAUCGCCCCGAUAUGCAGGGCAGCAAUGCCUCCCCAGCUGGAAACGCUAAAUCCAGAACCCUCCAAGCUGGCCCCUCCGAAGCUGAGGCCACUCGUGACGUCAAGGUCACUCAGGACGCCGCCGCCGAGGGUGGUGUCACUCCAGAUGGAGCUCGUCAAAUUAAAGCCAGUGACACCGGAAAAUCACAGACGCCAAUGCUUACACCAAUCGAGAUCUCUCCGCUGUGGAAAACCGCCAUGGCAUGUGUGAGCGUCGCCGUGGGUUGGUCGCCCAACCAGCUAGAGACUGCCUAUGGGGAGAUCGCCUCCAAGAAAACGGGAGAGGAAAUCGGGGCGUUCACCGGCACGGGGGUACGAGGCCCACCCGUGGGCAGCAAAUUGUCGACAAGCAGCGACGGCAAAGGGGUGUCCGCCUGGGUCCACUGCAGUAGCGCAAAUCCUAGCUACAUCAGAUCCAUCUCUUUUAUCAAGCCGGGGGAAGCGGCCGCCCUCACCAAGGUGUGGGUGACCAAGGCAUCCGUCGAGCAUGUCUUGUCGCGCAACUCUCAAGCCUGCUCGCUCUGGCUCGACGGGGAUGCAGACGGCUAUCUUUGCCCUUGCUGCGAGGACUGGUAUGCAUGCGUGGAUUUCACCCAGACCACGACUGCGCUUGAGGCGCAUGCUUUUCUGCUGUGGGUGCUGGAUAAGGAUGCCGGUCAAAUACUUGCAGACCGCGGGGUAUCAGACAAGCGGCAGGCUAAGUUAUGGCAGCAUUUGAUCCGGUACAGCAAGUGGGGGCGAGCAAGGUACCAGGAACGAAGCGGAAGACCUGAUAAUAGCGGAAUAUAAUCUCGUAACAGCAGCGCACUCUACUGCGGAGUGAACAGCGGCAUCAGCUCAGCCCGUCUUUCGCUGGACUCCUGGGAGGGUCAAGACAUGGCUUCAGCAACCGAACAGGGUUAUAAUGUUUAGAAUUUGCUUUUCAUAGCCCAUAGCCGUACCUAGCAGAGAAUAUGGAGCUGACAAGUCAAGCAUUACAUGCGUUUUUCUUUUUCUUUUUUGGGUUUUUUUUUUU